AUGAAACUUAUUUUGAAAAUUUUGCUAUACUUAGAAAAAAGGCGUUUUUUAACUGAAAUGAAGAAUCUCUGCGAAGUAUUCUUAGAAGAUUUGAAUGAGAAAACAUUACGUAAAUUUCCACCGCUUAGAUUUUUGCUUGAAGUCGACGUCGUAGAUUUACUCGAUGUGUUCCCCGAUGUAGGGGAUUUUUUAAUAAAAGAACCGCUCAAGUGGCAACGAUGUUGUAAUGAAAUUCUGUUCGCGUGUCUGAAAUCUUUAGACAAUGACAUGAUUCAGAGUAUACAAGCAACACAAGUUGGCGUCAAUAUUCGAUUUAAAAGUAUGCCUUAUUUCUUGACGAAUAAGCACCGAAAAUACGAGAAUAUAGUUUAUUUACGUGGAUUACUUGUCAAUAUUACGAAGCCAACCAGUUACGUAUACCACACCGUGUGGUCGUGUCCAGAUGAAUGUGAAGGAAACGAAGUUAUUAUGCAUUUCAUUCCAAAGGUUCCACCAAAAUGUUAUUUAUGUAGGAAUACACUAUUUGAGAAUAGUGGUUUAAGAAGAUGUGGAGACCAGGUCCAAGCAACUUUUAAAUUAAAUAAUGAAUUACUAUCUAAAAUUUACACUAUUGUUGAUGAUCUUAUUCCAAACUUAAAAAUAGGAAAAAAAUAUGUUAUCAACGCUGUUAUUCUGAAGAAAUUAAUAGCUAUUUGGUCAAUCGAAGAAUUUCAAAUUUUACCUGCACCAAUCACAACGCCUGUUCCACUAGACAUAAGAGAACUAUAUGAAUCUUGUAGAGGCAUUCCUUGGAAGUUCAUAUAUUGUCUCGCUUCUAGCAUUGGAAUAAACGUUUGUCCUUUAAACACCUUCAUGAAUAUUAAAAUAAGUCUUUUAUUAAGUCUGGUAAGUGUUAAAGCGAACUCGUUGACUAGCUCACCUAUAAUUCACUUUUUGUCGGGUGGAUUUGAUACAGGUUACAUAGGCAAGAUAAUGGAACAAGCUGCUUUAUUAGCAGAUUCCUAUACUUAUUUAGGAACUACUCACAAUUCCACAACAACAACGUUAAUAGGAGCAUCGGGAGGUGUUUGCGUAAUGGCCUUACCUUUGCAAGCUUACAGUCAAAAUCAAAUACAUUCUGUAUUAUCGGCAAUAGAAACUAGUGAAAUCUCUGACGGAGUUAAUAAAACAACAUUGCAGUGUGCCGUAUGGGCUCAAGGAAUGGACUUCAAAAAAAUUAUAUUAUAUAAUGUUGGCAGUAUUUUUGGGUUUGUAUGCCGUGGUGAUUAUGGCGAAUAUACUGAUGAGUUAGUUGACUACGCUUUAGAAGAAGCUAUAGUUCCGCCACAAAUAGACAAACACGAAAGACAAGCUUUAAAAGACAUAUCAAUUUAUAUAGAUUUGGUAGCUGGUCUUAAGGUUAAAUUGACAAAAAGUGCGGAAAAUUUAUUACGAUGUUAUUUCCUAACUGCUCGUAAGGAAAGGCCGAAGGUGGUUACAAUCGGGAAUUUGGGAGCUCUGAUCGCUAUUUGUGCCACGUCGGCAAAGUUAUGCCGUCGAGAUAUAGCUAAAAAUGAUGAUGCUGUUUUUGCAAUUUGGUUACAUGUGAGUGGUAUGCCAGAACCGAGGUUGGCACCUGAUGAGUAUCUUCAAACGCCUGCGGAUAUAAAAAAGCUUAAAAAAGUUAUAGACAAUUUCUAUUCAUGGCUUGAGCAAUUUACAGGUUAUAGUAUUUCUAAUCCAAACGAAUAA